AUGGAAAAUUAUGGUAAAAGAGUUGAAAGGGAACUAUUAGAAGACGAGCAGAAUGAAGCUGCUAAGGUAGCUGAGAAGGAUCAACCGGAGCAAUCCAUGCAGAUCCAUACCCAUUUCGAACCCAUUCAGAGUAUGACAACAGAGUCUCAAGAGAAUUCAUCCAACGAAGAAUCCUCUGCUGACGGUAUUAAGCUUCUGAAGUCUAUGACUUCUGUGCUUUCUUCUCUUCAAAAGAACGUGGUUUCAAUGGGAUCAAAUAUGAUAAAAGCUUUGAACACCCAGAAAGAAGAAAGAAAGGAUUUUGCUGAAGUCAUCAAAGUUCUUACUGAAUUAGACAAUACUCUGAAGAAGAACACGUAUGAGACUCACGUCUCAAACUUAAACUUCUCCAAUUUUGAAAAGAAGCUAUACAGUCGUCAAUCUGAAAUGAUGGACCUUGAAAGGCAUAUCAAUGAUGAUCGUCAUAGGGAGACUUUGGAUGAACUCAGCUUUCUGAAGAACCAGAUGAUGGAAAUCCAAGGAUGUUUAAGAAGAAAUGAUGGUGAGCGACUGGAAUUUGCUGACUCUAUUGCAAGAAAGUUUCAAGCAAAAGAGAAUGCAAAAGCUGAUGCUGAAAAAGAUCAACCCCGUAUCACCCAAGGUGAGUCAAGCAGAAGAAGUGACGGUGUAUCAACCGACACUAGAUCUAGACGAGCGCCGAGCAAUGAUGAAAAUCCUAGGCCAACUAAGAGAGGCGGAGAUCGAAGCGGUGGUGAUCGUGGAGGCCGAAGCAGUGGUGGUGGCCGUGGUAGGCAAUCUGGCUUUGAUCAAAGAGGUCGUGCCAGUGGCGGUGAUUGUGGUGGUAGAUCAAGUGGAAGCGGUCGUGGUGGUCGCAGUCUUCCUCCUUUUCUCAACAUGUUAACCGGCCAAGACAUGAACCCAACCAAUCCUCGAGUAAAAAUGGAAGAACAAUAA